AUGGGCCUCCUCAAGCAUUUCCGGAGCAAGUCUAGGCUCAAGGACUCCAAUGGCCCGCAGUUACUGGACUAUGCGAACUACCCGCCAGUACCAUCCACACCAGCGCGCUUUGGUCGCGAUCACACAGCCCGCCUACCAGAGGAGGUGAUGAAGAAUAUCCUCACGUUCGUCUGUCCGCAUGCGACAGAUCAAUCAUAUCAACCGUCGGAAGAAUCUCAAAUCGGAGACGGCUGUAUGCUGUGUGAUCUACGAGACCUGGCAACAUGCGCGCAGGUGUGCAGGAAGUGGUAUGGCUUUGCGCAGAAGCUGUUGUACACUAGCGUUCGAAUCGAUGCUGUGCACUAUUGCUCGUUGGAAGACGAAUUGGCGGAGAAGAGGAAGAAGGCAGGCAAACAUUGGCGACAGAAAAGCACAACGGUCGAACCAGUCGAUGUCCCGAACAUACGGCUACAGCUUCUCGCAAGGACCGUGAGAUUACGGCCGGAGCUUGCUGGACUUGUUGAGCUUCUCAAGCUGCCUUAUAUGACCCGCGAGACCGCCAAGGGCGACCUUGCACGAGCUGUGAGCGCCUUGAACAAUCUCCAGUACGUGGAUCUCCCGGAUGGCUUCUUCAGCGGCGACCCAAGCUGUCUACCUCUGCGACAGGAGCUCCAGGCAAGAUGUCCGGACAUCAGAAAGAUGACAUACCGCGCUGGAUCUGAAGAAGCGCUGGAAUUGCUUGCACAUCGCCACUGGCAGAGCAUUGAGAUCUUGGAGCUUAGUAGUCUCGCGAUCGAGCCAGCAACUCUAAGGAUCGUGCUCGCAAGUCUACCAACCUUGCACGAACUCACACUGUCUGAUAUGGGCUGGAUGGACGACUCCAUCUUUCAAAUUUCGCCAGGACAGCUUCCAGACUUCCCACCUCUCCAGUCCCUUAAGCUCACAGACAUGCCCAAUGUCACCGCCAAAGGGCUUAAGGCAUAUCUUGAAACGCCGGUGAACCGCUCAGAGCUCAUCUCACUCACUCUCGACCGAACUGGCGCCACCGUGCAGGAGCUUCCACCGGUGCUCUGGUCCGCCGGCUCACUUCUCCAUCUCAGCAUCAGCGAAACCGUCACCAAAUCUCUCGCUUUAUCCGCGCACGACGUCCCACCACUUACGAGCAUAAGCUUGAAGACCCUCCACUUCGAGAUCAGCUCAUCCGUAGACUCGCACGGCCUCCAAAAGCCUGCAGAGAGCUACUACGCCUACCUCGCCCACUCUCUCCACCAAAACGCGCUUCCAGCUCUCGAAACGCUUUUCGUCCGCGAUCAGACCUUCCCAGACCUCCUCCUGAUGCCCGAGGCAGCACCGCCAAUGCCCUCUAUGCCCCGCCCCUACGCCAACAGCUCCCACCUCACCCCCGGCAAUGGCACGCCCGAGACCGGCUCACUGAAGAGCAAAAUGUCCAACAUGUCUGUCUCCGCGCACUCGUCUAACAGCAAUGGCAACAAGAACCCCAACCUCAAUGGUGGCGGCUUCACCCAAAAGCUUGAGGUCUUCAGCAAAGGCAUUGACGAGCUCGAAUGGGUCGUGACGUCCAUCGCCCCGCCUGCCGCCGGGCAUCAACGUUCCCGCAACCACUCUGUCUCUAGCUCGCGACCGCUGAGUGCCUACUCCGCUGCACGUGGGCUAGGACCGCAGUGGGCUCAAGGCGGGUUUGGAGGCGAAGCGAGGAAGAGUGUCAUUGUGGGCAAUGGCUUCGGCGGCUUCCUUGCUAUCCCGCAGGAAGAGGCACCGCGACCAAUGAGUUCGGGAGGCGAUGGUGGGAGGUGGGGUAGUAUGGCUAGUCAGGGCAGCAACGGCAGUUCGUUGAGGCCGCCGCCGAGUUUGGCUGGGAGUGGGCACGACCGAAGGGGGAGUCGGCAUGAUCUGUGGCGGUAG